UUGUAUCAUGUUUCUACCAGACUUUUACUGGCCCUUAAUGGGUUUUCUUAUUUUGGCCGGUUUUGGGUCUGCCUGCGAAUACUCACCAGGCAUAUGUGGGGCCUGGGCAGAUGGGGAUAUACGGAUAGGAGUGCUCAGUUCCUGCCAUUCUAAAGUGCAGACACUACAUGUGCGAGAACGUCCCGAAAAAUACAACUGCACACAAUUAAAUCUCAUUUCGCUUGUAAGGACUCUAGCUGUCGUGCAUACUAUUGAAACGAUCAAUAACUCCAGCUUCCUCCCCGGUGUGCGACUGGGCUACUACAUCUGUGACACUUGCUCUGAUGCAUCAAAGGCCAUUCAGAGCACCGAGCAGCUUCUCGCUGUGAAUGGCACACUGCCUGUCCAAUGUGAGUUGCUUGAAAGGCCUAAUGUAAAAGCAAUCAUUGGAGCACGUUUCUCAGAAGACUCUCUGGCAGUGGCUCGGCUUCUGAGUCUAUACAUGGUCCCACAGAUAAGCACAACAUCAUCUGCACAAACACUUGGUGAUAGGGUGCGAUACCCAGCAUUCCUGCGCACAAUACCCAGUGAUGUUCACCAAACCAAAGCUCUGGUUAAUUUCAUGAAAUACUUUCACUGGGACUGGGUUGGCGUAGUCUAUGGGGAUGAUGACUAUGGGAAAAAUGCCUUACAAAGUUUCUUAGCUGAUUCAGAAGUUGCAGAUAUCUGUCAUGCUUUCAAAGAAGUGUUGCCUCAUUACCUAGCACACAAUGAAAUCGACAAAAGGAUCCAAGAGGUGGCAGAAACAAUCCGCUUAUCCGAAGCUAAAGUUGUGGUCCUUAUCUUAAAGGAAGAGCUGGUCUCUAAACUGUUUAAGGAGAUGAUUCGGCAGAACAUCUCGCGUACUUGGAUCGCAAGUGAUGCUUGGUCAAUGUCACGAAAUAUAUCUCAAAUGGAGGGAAUCAACCAAGUAGGUGACAUUUUUGGGUUCACUUUCAUCACUGGUCCCAAUCCCGGUUUUAAGGAGUUUUUGCAGCAGUUGACUCUUUCUCCGGGCUCUGUAAACCUCUUUCUUGAAGAGUAUAAGCAGUUAGGGAAAGAUGCUGGUUUUCUAACAGAAGCUGUUGACAUCAGCAUGACCUACGGCGAAAGAUUAGCUGUAUGGUCCAUUGCUCAUGCUUUGAAACAUCUUCUAAACUGCAAUGAAACUGAUUGCCCUGGAGAACGGGAUUUUCCACCAUGGAAGCUCCUCAAGGAACUGAAAAAAAUAAAUUUUACUAUGGAAAAUCAAACGUUCUAUUUUAAUGCAUCUGGAAAUUUCAUAAACGGAUACGAUCUAAUAAACUGGCAACCACAAGAGGCAAGUGACUUACCGAAUUGUCUUCCUUGUGAAAAUGAUACCUGGUCUUUGAAAGGAUGGAAUUCCUGUAAGCCAAAGGAAGAGGACUACUGGAAAUGGGAUGGGUCCCAUGCUAUAGUUCUACUUACAUUUACUGCAAUAGGUUAUCUGUUGUUGUUGUUCACCCUUAUCAUCUUAUUGGUCUUUUAUGGAAAACCAGUCAUGAAACAGGCAGGGGGAACCCUAUGUUUUGUAAUGAUGGUAGGGUUAGCACUCAGCUAUACUAGUGUCAUAUUGUUCAUUGGCAAACCCAAUGUUCACAUUUGCAGGGGUCGACAGAUCUUGUAUGCCUUAGGGUUCUCUCUCACAGUUUCAUGUAUUUUGGUUAAAGCUCUACGCACCUUUGUAUCCUUUCUUCCGCCAUAUCGCCAGGAGCAAGCUAAAAGGUUUUACAAGCCCCCUGUCAUCAUAACCUGUGGUACUCUCAUUCAAGUCCUCAUCUGCAUCUUGUGGUUGAUAUUUGAUUCUCCAGCUGUAGAGGCAUUUCAAUCUGACCAAAGCAUGAUAAUUACCGUACAGUGCAAUGAAGGUUCUGGAAUUGGAUUUGGCAUCAUGCUUUGCUAUAUUGCACUGCUAGCAUUUGUCUGCUUUUUGAUGGCCUUCAAAGGGAGAAAGGCACCUCAGGCUUUCAAUGUGACUGGACACAUCAUCCUAAGCAUGCUAAUUUAUCUUUUUGUGUGGGUCUGUUUCACCCCUGUAUACAUUGCUAAGGUCAAUGAGCGCUAUUCAAUUCAAGCAGCUGCCAUCUUGGUGUCAUGUUAUGGAGUUAUUUUAUGUCACUUUGCACCUAAAUGGUACAUGGCUCUCUGUAAGAAGAAAGAACAGCUUACUCGAGAGGCAUAUAUUGCAAGAGCCAAUAAUCACAUCGACUCAGUUGACGUGAUCCCAGAGAUAACACUGGAACCUGAUUAA